AUGCUUCACCGUCGAAUUGCGCAGGCUCCGGCCCUGCGAUCGCUGGCAUCACGACGACUACCUCUAGUUCAACGAAGAGGCUUCCUGCCAAACUCUCUAAAUGACCGGGCCAUCUAUGAUGAAAAGUUCCCUGACCUUCCGAAGUUAACGGAUGCAGAAGACCCUGGCCAGAACGGUGGCUACAUCAACCCACCGCCUAUCAAGCGACAAUUCCGCGACCCCUACGGUGACUGGUGGGACAAGCAAGAGCGAAGGAACUUUGGCGAGCCAGUGCAUGAGGACCACGAUGUGAUGGGCAUGUUUACGCCACACGAGUACACUUGGGUCUCGCCAGGGAAGGGCGCACUUCAAGUCGGCGCUUUCAUGCUGACUUUCUUUGGCGUCUGCUAUUUGGUCGCCAUCACAUAUCCUGACAAGCAGUCAUAUCCAAGGGAGUUUGAGGGAGGGUUGGAGAGAGAAUUGGGUGGCAAAGGCGCUACGAGGGCGAGAGCACCUGGUGACCCAGAGCCAUUCCAGACUGAGACGCUGGACUAG